AUGUUGGAAGGCAUAUCAACAAAGUUUCUCAUCGCCGCGUUUGUCGUGAUAUUUACCUUGAUCAAGGUUACUCGGUUGAUUCAGAAAGAGCUGAAGAUUAGAUCGCUUGGGGGUCAUACGAGAAGAGUGAAAGCAUGGGUUCCAUUUGAUCUUGACCUCAUCGUGCGCUCAAUCAACUAUAGUUUAAACGACAGAAAUCUCGACGCAUGGCUAGCCUUCUUCGACGGCCACAAGGAUAAACGUUAUACAGUCGAGGCAUAUCCGGGAGGACAACGCACUCUUUUCACGGCGGAGCCGGAAAAUAUUAAAGCUAUACUUGCGACUCAAUUCACCGAUUAUGGGAAAGGAGAACCAUUUCAUAAGGAUUGGAAAGACUUCCUUGGUGAUAGCAUCUUCACCACUGAUCUUGAUCAGUGGCAUGAUUCUCGUCAGUUGAUACGUCCACAGUUCAUAAAGGAUCGCGUUAGUGAUUUGAACACUUUCGAGAGACACAUACAAAUCUUAAUCCAGAAGAUCAAAGUGGAAGGUAAAAAAUGGGAUGGUACUCAGGGUGAGGAGAUUGAUGUUAGUGAUUUGUUCUUCAGAUAUACUCUAGAUGCUGCGACGGAUUUUUUGUUGGGACGCAGUGUAGAAAGUUUAGAGAGACCAGGGGAAUUUGCAGAUGCUUUUGCGGAAGUUCAGAGAGUACAAAGUAUGAUUGCCAGGGCUGGGCCUACGAAUGCAUUGAUUCCAAGGAAGUCAUUCUACAAAGGUCUCAAGGUUAUCAACGAAUUUGUUACGCCCUUCAUUGAGGACGCCCUUCGACUUCCUCCUGAGGAAUUAGCAACUAAAACGAAAACAGAGGAAGGUUAUACAUUUCUACAUGCGUUAGCCUCCUACACCCGCGAUAGAAAUGUCCUUCGAGAUCAACUUGUAGCAGUCUUACUUGCCGGUCGCGACACAACAGCUUCCACUCUAUCGUGGACUUUCUACGAGUUAGCUCGUCAUCCUGAAGUUUUCAAGAAACUGCGUGAGGAAAUUAUUUCAAAAGUUGGUCUCGAGGAAGCUCCAACUUAUGAACAUUUGAAAGAUAUGAAAUAUCUUCAGAAUGUCAUGCACGAGACUCUUCGCCUUUAUCCUGUUGUUCCCUUUAACGUCCGUCUCGCCCUGAAAGAUACCACCCUACCUGUCGGUGGCGGUCCCGAUGGCCUUUCUCCCGUGGGGAUUCUCAAAGACACCCCAAUUGGCUACUCUACUCUCAUUAUGCAACGCCGCGAAGAUCUUACUCCAGAUGUCAUGUCUUUCAACCCCGAUCGUUGGUUAACAUGGCAGCCAAAACCUUGGCAGUACAUUCCUUUCAAUGGUGGUCCUCGAAUCUGUAUUGGUCAACAAUUUGCGCUCACGGAAAUGGGGUAUACGAUUGUUAGAAUCCUACAGAACUUUGAUGGUUUACAGGGGUUUAUGCAUGCAGUUGAUGGAGGAAACCCGAGACUGAAAGCAGACAUUGUAUUGCAGCCUGGGCAGGGCGUGCACGUGGGAUUUUUGGACAAGCAAAGUGGAACUUGGAAGAUGGAGGGUUAG